UUGUCUCAUUCAUAAGCUUGGUUUUAACAAAGUUUUUUUAUCACAAUCAGUCGUUGUGAUUAUAAAAAUUUGUCACAAAUGUGUAAAUCAAAAAAAGUGCGCGGCUAACGCAUGUAACGCGUGCAAUUAAGACUGAUAAUAACCGAAUCACAAAUCACGCUUGGAAAGUAGAAAGUGAGGUUAGUUUGGUGAAACCGCGCAGAAUAGUGUAAUGCAGACUUCAUUAGCCAUGUGAAAAUCGCAUUUCCUUCGACUUGUGCAGAAACCAGCACGAAAAUGAGCUCUUACAAAACUGAAUUUCCAUCAUCCUCGGACAAUGAAUCACUUGAUGAUUCUGUAGACUAUCAUCAGGGAAAAAGAUCCUUUGAUCUUUCCUUCACACAUGAACCAAAAGGACAGCCUCGGAAAAAGCAUCGUCGCCGAGAGUCUUUCCAUGAAGAAAGUAGUCCGCCAGCACAUUCCUCCGCGGAAGAUUCCGUGGAGGAAACAAAGGAUGUGUUUGAGGGUAACAUAAAAUGGGCCAAGAGCUUUGAAUCCUAUGAGGAUGAUAAGCAAUUUGGUCACAUUCCAUUCCAGUAUGGCGAAACCAGUUCCAAGUCUUCUGGUGGCGAUGACAUCUGCCGGCAGUCCGUGAAAAUAAAGACCGAAAAUAUGGUGAAAGACGAGCCGGACCUUCUAACAGGGAAAGAUUCGAUAGGAUCGAAACUUAUGGCCCGGAUGGGAUGGAAAGGUGGCCAGGGUCUCGGAAAAGAUGGCAAAGGGAUAGUUGAACCAGUGAAAGCUGCCAAGCAACACGGCUUCCGAGGUCUUGGUUUUCGGAUCGAGGAACUGGAGGAAGCCCACUCGAAAUUCAAUCCAAAUGACGAAAUAGUCAAGGUCAAUGAAGACAUAGACUGGUUAAUUAACGAUUUUUUCGAGGAGCCUUUUAUAGAGAAGGACUGGAUGACCCUCGGUCCGAGGAAAUUGACAAUCAACGACGAAACUGAAUUCUGCAGUGCCGAGACGGUGAGCAAUGUGGUGAAUUCAAAGACGAUUUUUGACCGACUCGACAAGAACGAAAUGCGCGACGCUCGGACACGAUCAAAUCCAUAUGAGACGAUUCGGAGCGCCUUUUUCCUGAAUCGCGCCGCCGUUAAAAUGGCAAAUAUGGACAGAGCCUGUAAUUUUAUGUUCACGCGGCCGGACAAUCUGCGACCGGACGAAUUAGUUUAUUUUGCCGAUGUGUGUGCCGGACCCGGAGGCUUCAGCGAGUAUGUCCUGUUUCGCAAGCAGUGGCGGGCGAAAGGAUUCGGUUUCACUCUGCGAAAAGAGAAUGACUUCAAGCUUGAUGAUUUUUAUGCAGGACCCUGCGAAACCUUCCAUCCCUAUUAUGGACCAAAGGAGGAUGGCGAUGUUUUCUGGCCGCAGAAUCAAACGGCAUUCAGGGAUUUGAUCAUGAAGCAGACGAGAGGUGAGGGGGUUCACUUUAUGAUGUCGGACGGGGGAUUUUCGGUGGAGGGACAGGAGAAUAUUCAAGAGAUAUUGUCGAAACAGCUCUAUCUCUGCCAGUGUCUCGUGGCCCUGAUGAUUGUCCGAACUGGCGGACACUUUGUGACGAAACUGUUUGACGUUUUCACACCAUUCAGCGCCGGGCUCGUUUAUCUCAUGUAUCGUUGCUUUGACGAGGUCUCGAUUUUCAAACCAAACACCUCGAGACCGGCUAAUUCGGAACGUUAUCUAAUCUGCAAGGGAAAGCGCACUCACACUGAGGGCGUUUUGAAGUAUCUGUUCAAUGUCAACACGAUUCUUCAGAAACGAGAAAAAAACAAGGAUGUGCUGCACUUGGUGCCGAUGGAGAUUUUAAAAUCAGACGACAAGUUUUUCCAUUAUUUGAAGGAUUCGAACGAUGAGCUUGGACGUCGACAGGUGAUUGGAUUGCUGAAAAUUGCUCAUUACGCGCAAGAGAAGACUCUGAUUGAGAAGCGGCAAGGCGAUAUGCGGAAACUUUGUUUGGAGUACUGGGAAAUUCCGGAUCAGAGUCGAAUUGUCCCGAGGAGGAUGAAACCGGCUGAUAAGUUGCAAUCUCUGGUGAAACGUCCUCUCGACUUUCUCGAGACGCAUGGACUGCAGAAGGCGAAAAAGUUUAUCCAGAAUAAUAUUAAUAAUACGAUUUUGAAUUCGCCCCUUGACUGGUAUUGCAUGCCUUGCGGCUCUGGAGAAGCUGCUAAAGAUAAGAUGGCAACUUUUUAUAUUGGAAUGGGACGAUCGCAAGUUUUUCGAUAUGUGCGAGGCAGCUGGGAACGCGUGGAAAAUCUUAUUCUGCCGGCUGACACUCUCAUUUAUGCUGAAACGGUUAUGGAGUUUAGGAAGUUUGGCAGACAUCAAAGGAAAGCUGAACGGCUGCAUGUUCUUGAUGCGUUCUUCCUUGGAGGCGAGGACAUUAGCAAAAAGUAUUUGCUAGACAGGCACAAAUUUUUGAGAAUGUUCUGUGAGGCACUGUGGAAGCCGCACGGACAAGAGUGUCGCAUUUACGUAAAGGAUUUAUAUCCAGUCGAUGAGCAUCUGCAGGAAAAGUUGAAGCUGAAGAGCUGCCAGAUGAAAACUGGUCCUCCAGCCGAAGUCUAUUUUCCGGAAAGAAAUCCGAAGGAUUAUAAUUCGGAGGAGGACGACAACGAGUAUCCGUACUUCAAACUUCAGAGUGUUUUGUUCAUGAAAGUCACCGAGGAUCACUGGGCACGACACAGAAGCUCGAAAAGCGAAUCUGUUUACUUUUACGAUAUCCGAAGGAAAAAGUCUUUUUACGACUUUGAUCGUCCGGACGUUGCCAAUGCCGAUUUUCUCAAAUCCCUGAAUAGCAUGAUUGUUUGGAAUUGGCCGGAAGACAAAACCAUUACCAUGGAUUAUAUUAUGUCACAAAUCAAGCACGCUCUUGUUAAACGACAUUUCAGCACCUAAAGUUCAAAGAUGCCUCGAUCCUUUAAUCAUAUUAAUGAAAGAAAAAUUUUGUAUCACAGUUUUUCAUCACUUUUUUUGUUUUGUUUUUUUUUUCGUGUGAUUAUUGUACAAAACUGUCGAUUAUUUACAAAGUUUGUGUGUAUAUAGAGCAACGAAUUUUUAUUUUCGUUAUGUUACCAAGGAUUAAUCAUCGGACUAAUGUUUAAUUUCCGUGGAAGCAAAAGUUUGUGAAUUAUGUUCAAAGAGCUAGUAAAGAUUUAUUUUUUUAUAUGAAAAAAAAGAGAGAGAAAA